CUUGAUGCCGUGGAGGAGGCAGGCAGGCUGAGCUGACCCGCUUGCGGUGUGUGUGUAUCGCUUAGCCUACAUCCAAGCCAGGUCGCAUGCAUUAACGAGUGACAGACAUCAGGUGUGUGGGUCGGUGAGGCCAUUAUACUACCUUCCAAGAUGAUGGCUUUGUCACUAAAGAUCUGUGUGCGCCAGUGCAAUGUGGUGAAGACGAUGCAGUUUGAGCCCUCCACGCCUGUGUAUGACGCCUGCAGGAUCAUCAGAGAGAGAGUCCCCGAGGCGCAGUCAGGACAAGCGUCAGAUUAUGGCCUCUUCCUGUCUGACGAAGAUCCCCGGAAAGGAAUCUGGCUCGAGUCUGGAAGAACCCUGGAUUACUACAUGCUGCGAAACGGAGAUGUUUUGGAGUAUAAGAAGAAACAAAGGCCGCAAAAGAUCAAAAUGCUUGACGGCGCAGUCAAAACCAUCAUGGUGGACGACUCAAAAACUGUGGGGGAGCUGCUUGUCACCAUAUGCAGCAGAAUAGGAAUCACCAACUAUGAGGAGUACUCCCUCAUUCAAGAGGUGACGGAGGACAAGAAGGAGGAUGGAAUGGGGACACUGAAGAAAGACCGAACGCUGCAGCAACGAGAUGAGAGGAAGAUGGAAAAGCUCAAAGCCAAACUUCACACAGACGAUGACUUGAACUGGCUGGACCACAGCAGGACGUUCAGAGAGCAGGGGGUGGAGGAGAGUGAGACUCUGCUGCUCAGGCGCAAGUUCUUCUAUUCAGACCAGAAUGUGGACUCCAGGGACCCUGUGCAGCUGAACCUGCUCUAUGUUCAGGCUAGGGAUGAUAUAUUGAAUGGAUCCCAACCCGUCUCCUUUGAUAAAGCCUGUGAGUUUGCAGGCAUUCAGGCCCAGAUCCAGUUUGGACCCCACGUGGAGCACAAACACAAGCCCGGAUUUCUGGACCUGAAGGAGUUCCUACCUAAAGAGUACAUCAAGCAGAGAGGGUCCGAGAAGAAAAUAUUCCAGGAACACAAUACCUGUGGAGAGAUGACAGAGAUUGAGGCUAAAGUGAAGUAUGUGAAGCUCGCCAGGUCUCUGAUGACAUACGGAGUGUCCUUUUUCCUGGUGAAGGAAAAGAUGAAGGGUAAAAAUAAGCUUGUCCCGCGGCUGCUGGGGAUAACCAAAGAGUCAGUGAUGCGAGUGGAUGAGAAGACGAAGGAUAUGGUGCAGGAUUGGCCUCUGACAACGGUCAAGAGAUGGGCUGCCUCCCCCAAAAGCUUCACGCUGGAUUUCGGAGAGUACCAGGAGAGUUACUACUCUGUGCAGACUACAGAGGGAGAGCAGAUAUCCCAACUUAUCGCUGGAUACAUUGACAUCAUUCUUAAAAAGAAACAAAGUAAGGAUCGUUUUGGCAUAGAGGGAGAUGAGGAAGCAACCAUGCUGGAGGAAUCAGUGUCCCCUAAGAAGUCCACGAUUUUGCAGCAGCAGUUUAAUCGGGUGGGUCGUGUGGAGCAUGGCUCAAUAGCACUUCCAGGUAUAAUUAGGUCUGGGUCUAUUGGCGGCCCUGACACCUUCAACAUGGGAACCAUGCCCUCUGCCCAGCAGCAAAUCACCACAGGGCAGAUGCACAGAGGACACAUGCCCCCGCUGAGUCUGGCCCAACAGGCCCUGAUGGGGACCAUAAACAGCAGUAUGCAGGCUGUGCAGCAGGCUCAGACUGACCUGGGAUAUGUAGAUAAUCUGCCUCCACUGGGCCAUGACUUGGCGUCCAGGGUUUGGGUUCAGAACAAAGUGGAUGAAUCCAAACAUGAAAUCCACUCUCAGGUUGAUGCCAUCACCGCUGGAACAGCAUCUGUGGUCAAUCUCACAGCAGGUGAGCCUACAGAAACCGACUACACAGCGGUGGGCUGCGCCAUCUCCACCAUCUCGUCCAACCUCACUGAAAUGUCCAAGGGUGUCAAGCUGCUUGCGGCAUUAAUGGAUGAUGAGGUGGGCAGUGGACAUAAGCUCAUGGGCGCUGCUAGGAUGCUGGCAGGAGCUGUGUCAGAUCUGCUCAGGUCUGUUGAGCCUGCAGCCGCUGAGCCCAGACAGACAGUGCUGACUGCAGCAGGAAGCAUCGGACAGGCCAGCGGAGACCUGCUCCGUCACAUGGGGGAGGGCGAGACCGACGAGAAGUUCCAGGACACGCUGAUGAAUCUGGCCAAAGCAGUGGCCAAUGCAGCUGCUAUGUUGGUCCUGAAGGCCAAGAACGUGGCCCAGGUGGCCGAGGACACCAUAUUGCAGAACCGGGUGAUCGCAGCGGCCACUCAGUGUGCCCUGUCCACCUCACAGCUGGUCGCCUGCACCAAGGUGGUGAGCCCAACAAUAAGCUCCCCAGUGUGCCAGGAGCAGCUUGUGGAGGCCGGAAAGCUGGUGGACCGCUCAGUGGAAAUUUGCGUGAAGGCGUGCCGUUCAGCCAGCGACGACGGCGAGCUGCUGAAGCAGGUCGGGGCCGCGGCCGGCGUGGUGAGCCAGGCCCUCAGCGACCUGCUGCAACACGUCCGACACUACGCCACCUGCGGAGAGCCCAUCGGACGCUACGACCAGGCCACAGACACCAUCAUGAACGUCACAGAAAACAUUUUCACUUCUAUGGGUGACGCUGGUGAGAUGGUGCGCCAGGCCAGGGUGUUAGCCCAGGCCACCUCUGACCUGGUCAAUGCCAUGAGAUCUGACGCAGAGGCAGAAGUAGAUGUCGACAACUCCAAGAAACUGCUGGCUGCAGCGAAACUGCUGGCCGAUGCCACAGCUCGGAUGGUGGAGGCAGCUAAGGGGGCGGCUGCUUACCCAGAGAAUGAGGAUCAGCAGCAGAGGCUUAGAGAAGCAGCGGAGGGGCUCCGUGUAGCCACCAAUGCUGCAGCUCAGAACGCGAUAAAGAAAAAACUGGUCAAUAGGCUGGAGAUAGCUGCUAAGCAGGCAGCGGCCGCAGCUACUCAGACUAUCGCAGCUGCCCAAAAUGCUGCUGCUUCCAACAAAAACACAGCCUCACACCAACAGCUAGUGCACAGCUGCAAGGCAGUAGCAGAUAACAUUCCUCAGUUGGUGCAGGGAAUGAGGAGCAGCCAGUCGCAGCCCGAGGAGCUCGGUGCCCAGCUCACCCUCAUCAUGGCCAGCCAGAGCUUCUUACAGCCUGGGAGUAAGAUGGUGACGUCUGCAAAGUCAGCAGUUCCCACAGUGGCCAACCAGGCUGCUGCUAUGCAACUUGGGCAGUGUGCCAAAAACUUGGCUACCUGCCUGGCCGAGCUCAGGACGGCCACCCUGAAGGCCCAUGAAGCCUGUGGUCCACUGGAGAUCGAUUCAGCCCUCAAAACUGUACAGACACUGAAGAGCGAGCUUCAAGAUGCAAAGAUGUCCGUCAUCGACAGCCAACUGAAACCUCUUCCUGGGGAGUCGCUGGAGAAGUGUGCUCAGGAUUUGGGAAGUACAUCUAAGGCUGUGGGCUCCUCCAUGGCCCAGCUGCUAACAUGUGCUGCACAGGGCAAUGAACAUUACACAGGUGUCGCUGCUAGAGAAACAGCUCAGGCUUUGAGGACGUUGGCUCAGGCAGCCAGAGGUGUAGCAGCCAGCACCAAAGAGCCUCAGGCUGCUGCUGCCAUGCUGGACUCUGCCCAGUGUGUCAUGGAGGGCUCGGCCAUGCUGAUCCACGAGUCCCAUCAGGCCCUGGUGCACCCGGGGGAUGCUGAGAGUCAGCAGAGACUCGCACAGGUGGCCAAAGCAGUGUCGCACUCCUUGAAUAAUUGCGUGAAUUGCCUGCCAGGCCAGAAGGAUGUCGACAUGGCCCUCAGGAGCAUUGGUGAAGCCAGCAAGAAGCUGCUGGUUGACAUGCUCCCUCCCUGCAGUAAGGCGCUCCAGGAGGCCCAGAGUGACCUGAACCACACAGCCGCUGAACUCAACCACUCUGCAGGCGAGGUCGUCCACUCCUCUCGGGGAACGAGCGGCCAGCUGGCUGCGGCGUCGGGAAAAUUCAGCCAAGACUUUGAUGAGUUCCUGGAUGCUGGUGUUGAGAUGGCAGGACACACCCAGAGCAAGGACGACCAGAUACAAGUCAUUGGUAAUCUGAAAAACAUCUCCAUGGCGUCCAGUAAGCUGCUGCUGGCUGCCAAGUCUCUGUCUGUGGAUCCAGGUGCAGCCAAUGCUAAGAAUCUUCUAGCUGUGGCAGCAAGGGCAGUGACAGAGAGUAUUAACCAGCUGAUCACGCUCUGUACCCAGCAAGCAGCAGGACAAAGGGAGUGUGACAACGCCUUGAGGGAGUUGGAGGCUGUCAGAGGCCUGCUAGAUAAUCCCAAUGAGCCUGUCAACGAGCUCUCCUACUUUGACUGCAUCGAGAGCGUCAUGGAGAAUUCAAAGGUCCUAGGAGAAUCAAUGGCAGGUAUAUCACAUAACUGUAAAACAGGGGAUGUAAUGGCCUUUGGGGAGAGCGUGUGCGUGGCGUCCAAAGCUCUGUGUGGCCUGACGGAGGCUGCAGGACAGGCCUCUUAUCUUGUAGGUGUGUCUGAUCCGAAUAGUCAGUCAGGGCACGAGGGGCUGGUGGACCCCAUCCAGUUUGCCAAAGCCCACCAGGCCAUACAGAUGGCUUGUCAGAACUUAGUUGACCCAGCCAGCAGUCCCUCACAGAUCUUGUCUGCAGCAACAAUUGUAGCCAAGCACACCUCAGCUCUCUGUAACGCCUGCCGCCUGGCUUCUUCUAAGACCUCCAACCCUGUGGCUAGGCGACAGUUUGUCCAGUCAGCCAAAGAGGUGGCCAACACCACAGCCAACCUUGUCAAAACCAUCAAGGUCAACUCCCCAACUGAUCAAAACGGCUCGGACGGGGAUUUUUCGGAAGAUAAUAGAAACAGAUGCCGUGUUGCUACGACCCCUCUCCUUGAGGCUGUAGAAAACCUGUCAACUUUUUCCAACAACCCUGAGUUUGCCAGCAUCCCAGCGCAAAUCAGCCAUGAGGGCUCAGCAUCUCAGGAGCCCAUUGUGCGUUCAGCCCGCUCCAUGCUCGAUAGCUCCACUUAUCUAUUAGAAACAGCCCGCUCGCUGGUGCUCAACCCCAAAGAUCCUCCAACAUGGUCCAUACUGGCUGGCCACUCCAGAACAGUCUCUGACUCCAUCAAAAGUCUGAUCACCUCCAUCAGGGACAAGGCACCGGGCCAGAGGGAGUGUGAUUACUCCAUUGAUAACAUCAAUAAGUGUAUCCGGGACAUUGAGCACGCUUCCCUAGCUUCAGUUGGGCAGACUUUGCCCUGCAGAGAUGAUAUCUCCAUGGAAGCCCUCCAGGAUCAGCUGACAUCCUCUGUGCAGGAGAUUGGGCAUCUGAUUGAUCCCGUCUCCACAACGGCUCGAGGGGAAGCUGCCCAACUAGGACACAAGGUGUCCCAGCUCGCCCGUUACUUUGAUCCCCUCAUAGUGGCAGCGGUGGGCCUGGCCUCUAAGCUGCACGACCACCAGCAGCAGAUGACCAUCUUAGACCAGACCAAGACCCUCUCAGAGUCUGCCCUGCAGAUGCUCUACGCUGCCAAGGAAGGAGGGGGAAACCCAAAGGCGUCCCACACCCACGAUGCCAUCUCUGAAGCAUCCCAGCUGAUGAAGGAGGCGGUGGACGACAUCAUGGUUACUUUGAAUGAGGCGGCCAGUGAAGGAGGCAUGGUCGGGGGCAUGGUGGAGGCCAUCGCUGAGUCCAUGGGCAGGCUGGAUGAAGGAACACCCCCCGAGCCUGAGGGUUCGUUUGUGGACUACCAGACCACCAUGGUGAAGUACUCCAAGGCCAUCGCUAUCACUGCGCAGGAGAUGAUGACCAAGUCAAUAACCUGCCCUGAAGAGCUCGGUGGCCUUGCCUCUCAGGUGACAGUGGACUACGGACAGCUCGCACACCAAGGACGCCUCGCUGCAGCCACCGCAGAGCCCAACGAGGUUGGGUUCCAGAUAAAGACACGAGUGCAGGAGCUGGGCCACGGCUGUAUCUACAUGGUGCAGAAGGCUGGAGCCCUGCAGCUCAGCCCCACGGACAGCUUCUCCAAGAGGGAGCUCAUCGAGUGUGCCCGCGCCGUCACCGAGAAGGUGUCCUUGGUACUGUCAGCUCUGCAGGCAGGGAACAAAGGCACCCAGGCCUGCAUCACAGCAGCCUGCGCUGUUUCUGGCAUCAUCGCUGACCUGGACACCACCAUCAUGUUCGCCUCAGCUGGAACACUGAGCCCUGAGAAUGAAGAGUCUUUUGCUGACCACAGGGAGAGCAUCUUGAAGACAGCCAAGGCGCUGGUGGAGGACACCAAGCUGCUGGUGGCUGGAGCCGCGUCCAGCCAGGAGAAACUGGCCCAGGCGGCCCAGUCCUCGGCCAAGACCAUCACCCAGCUCACUGAGGUGGUCAAACUGGGAGCCACCAGCAUGGGCUCUGAGGACCCAGAGACACAGGUGGUUCUGAUAAACGCGGUGCGGGAUGUGGCCAAGGCCCUGGCCGAACUCAUCAGCGCCACCAAGUGUGCCGCGGGCAAGCCAGCUGACGACCCGUCCAUGUAUCAGCUGAAGAGCGCUGCCAAGGUGAUGGUGACCAACGUGACGUCUCUUUUAAAAACGGUGAAGGCAGUGGAGGAUGAGGCGACUCGCGGGACGAGGGCACUGGAGGCCACCAUUGAGUGCAUCAAACAGGAGCUGACAGUGUUCCAGUCCAAGGACAUCCCAGAGAAGUCCACCACACCUGAGGAGUUUAUCCGCAUGACAAAGGGCAUCACCAUAGCAACGGCCAAGGCAGUGGCUGCAGGCAACUCGGCUCAGCAGGAGGACGUGAUCGCCACGGCCAACCUGAGCCGCAAAGCCAUCUCCGAUAUGCUGUCUACCUGCAAGCAAGCGGCUUGCCACCCAGAAGUGGACGAGGACUUGAGGAUCAAGGCGCUCCAGUACGGCUCCGAGUGCACAUCCGGCUACAUCAAUCUUCUGGAGCAAGUCCUACAGGUGCUGCACAAGCCCAUACCGGAGCAGAAACAGCAGCUGGCCUUACACUCGAAGCAUGUUGCAGCGAGUGUGACAGAGCUCGUCCAGACAGCUGAGGCCAUGAAAGGCUCAGAGUAUGUGGACCCCCAGGACCCCACUGUCAUCGCUGAGACUGAGCUCCUUGGAGCAGCAGCGUCCAUUGAAGCUGCAGCCAAGAAACUAGAGCAGCUGAAACCAAGAGCCAAGCCUAAGCAGGCGGAUGAGACGCUGGACUUUGAGGAACAGAUCUUAGAAGCAGCAAAGUCCAUCGCAGCAGCGACUAGCGCUCUUGUUAAAUCUGCAUCGGCAGCUCAAAGAGAACUGGUGGCACAAGGAAAGGUUGGAUCCAUUCUAGCCAAUGCAGUGGAUGACGGCCAGUGGUCACAGGGUCUCAUAUCCGCUGCUCGUAUGGUAGCCGCAGCCACCAGCAACCUGUGUGAGGCCGCUAACGCCUCGGUGCAGGGCCACGCCAGCGAGGAGAAGCUCAUCUGCUCCGCCAAGCAGGUCGCCGCCUCCACGGCUCAGCUGCUGGUGGCCUGCAAGGUGAAGGCCAACCAGGACUCUGAGGCCAUGAGGAGGCUACAGGCUGCUGGAAACGCAGUGAAGCGAGCUUCAGACAAUCUGGUGAAGGCGGCUCAGAAAGCAGCUUUUGACAAGACUGAAGAUGACAGUGUGGUGGUAAAGACCAAAUUCGUUGGAGGCAUAGCUCAGAUCAUUGCGGCUCAGGAGGAGAUGCUGAGGAAGGAGCGAGAGCUGGAGGAGGCCCGGAAGAAGCUGGCUCAGAUCCGACAGCAGCAGUACAAGUUCCUGCCCAGCGAGCUGAGGGAGGAUGAGGGCUGAUUGGCAGAGGCGGUGAGCGCCGCACUGAUGACACCCUCCUGUCAUGGGGAGACGAUGCCGAUGUACGAUUGGCUGCUUUGCUCUCAUAUAACCGAGAAAUAUACAGCACUUGAAACAGGCCUGUUUUGGUGAGAAAAACAAGUGCCUGUGCUCUGGUGUGUGUGUGUGUGU